AUGCUCAUAGCUAGUUCGAAUGGCAUUCGUACGUGUAUUAGCUUGAAUCUGAAGACCUCAGACAUUGAGAAGUACGAUGUGAAGCUCCUUAUAUCUCACGGAGCGGAUUUGGAUCUGAAGCCGCAUACAAAUGAUGGCGUGAAGUGGGAGGAUUCUUUCGGAUCUAAGGAUCUAGCAGAUCCGUUGAAGAACGACUCGAAGCUCGACGGUCUGAAGACCUCAGACUUUGAAAAGUUCGACGCGGAUGAUUCGGAGCUUUCUCCUGGCAGAUCUAACUAUCUAGAUGUGAGUGAUAAAAUGCAAAUCAACCGGAAGCUUCUCCACAACACCGUCUGUUGA